UGCCAAUCAGCAAGCAGCAGCAGGUGUGAUAAUGAGGUCCAGGCCAGGCCGGGCCAGACUACACCAUGCUCUCCACUAGUCGCAGUCUUUCUGCUCUCUGUUUCCCCCAUCAUGUCGGUGUUCGCGUUGCUUCUUUGGGCAUUGUUACGUGGUACACUGGGAGGUCCGGUUCAGCGCGCGGCAUGGUUUGAGGGAGUAAAUCCCGCACAGACGAACCAGGAGGGAUAUGGUGUUUCCCCGCACGAUUCGUUCUACCGCCUGCCCGUGUCCCUGCAUGCACCUGGGCCACUUGUAGCACGAGAGCUGCUCCGGCCGGUUCCACACAAGAGACCGCUUCCCGCCGAACUGAUGGCGCUACUGUUACCGACCCCGAGACCACACCAGAGCGUCCAGGAGACGGGUGCACGCGCUGUGGAAGUCUGGUGCGGUCUCGAUCAGGUGUCUGUGUGCGUGGACCGUUUUCAGCUCAGCGCGUGGACCGUUCCGUCCCUGUUCCGACUGGGCUCGUGCGAAGCCAGCAGCGUCACCCCCCGCUUCCUGUUCUUCCGCUUCAGACUGACGGAAUGCGGCGGAGAGGCCAAGGUUGUUGGUGGUCAGCUGGUGUAUACUUAUUCUCUGUGGUACACUCCUCCUCCGCAAGGCUACAUCAUCCGAGUCCUACCACUGAACCUUCCCAUCCAGUGCCUUUACGACAGGUUUCAUUACUCUUACCAAGUUGGCUUCAGACCUCAAGUCCAGCACACAACCUUGAUAAAGAGCAUCAGGAGUAAACGCAGCUACAGCCUCACUGUCUGCAAUGCCCAGGGGGAGCCCAUCCCUCCAGGCCACUGGUUCUUUUUAGGGGAGCCAGUGUAUUUUGUGGCCCAGACAGGAGUGCUGCUUGCUGGGGAGAGGCUUUAUGUAGAUGCAUGCUAUGCCACGAGCUCCAAAGACCCAAGCAGCAUGCCCAAAGUGGACAUCAUUACUAACUAUGGCUGCAUGGUCGACAGCAAUAGGGAGGGCAGCAGCUCCCUGUUCCUGUCGGGAGUGGGCAGUGUGCUGAAGUUCUCUGUGGAUGCCUUUCUAUUCAGAGCAGUCUCACAAGUGCUGUACCUCCACUGUUCAAUGUCAGUCGGGUUCAGCGCGUCCCCCAGCUCAAAGUCCUGCAGCUACAACGAGACUGCUGGCAGGUGGGAGGAGCUGGAGGCCUCAGCCUCAGUAUGCGCCUGCUGUGAUUCCAUGUGCACAGACAUGCAGGACUCUAUCAGGAACACAGUGAGCAGUCCAGGCUGGCUCAUUGGACAAAGGGCUGAAGAGAAACCAAGGAUGCAGGUGACGUCUUUUCAAGCAGAGGAGGUAAGACAAAGGCUGGAUCAUGAAGAGAGGUGAAAGAAUGGAUGAGCACCAUAAGAAA